AGCGCCGCCGUCGCGCGCCGGGAUCCCGCUGUCCGGUCGCGGUCCAGCUCGCGCCCGGCCCAGCCCCAGCCAGUGUAUACACCUUAAAAUGGGGUCUACACGAUCAAAGAAUGAAGAUGACAAGGCCAUUGUCUUGUGCCAUGAAAGAAAACGAUAUGUUAGAGAAGCACUUGAUGGAAGAUGUGCAUUCGCAGCUGCUCACUUCGCUUAUAUUCAAUCACUGAGAAACACAGGAUUUGCUCUGAGAAAGUUUUUAGAGCCUGAAGUGCCAACAGAUUCUUCGCUGUACACAUCGACAUCUGCAACACCUGAACCUCCUACUAUUCGGCAGAAAUCAACUAACCAAUCUCCAUCUAUUUCACAUCAGGCCAGUGACUCUUUCUCCCCAGUUCCAUCCCCUUUAUCUUCCGGACGCUUUCAUAUUAAUCAUAUGAAAUCUGGGGGGAACCCAGUGAUGACCAUUGAGGAGAAGGUGCCUGUUCCUGUAACGGCAACUCUGCAAUCCUCACGCCGUGUUCCUAAAGCUGUACAUGAACUGGAUGAUAGUUCCACAUUUGAAGCACCUCCAGGGACACCACCGUGGGACUACUUUGGCCUUUUUAACCCUGUUGAGAACCAAUUUUCAUUUCACGACGAGAAGGAACCUGGUCAUGAGUUUGAAAAUGCUGAUGAUAUCAGGCGUCUUCGGGAAAAGGAGGGAAUUCCAGAGCUCGAAGAGGAAGGGGAGAAGACUCCUGUGCGUCCUGACAAUAUUAGGCAUUUCCAUGAGGAGAAAACUCCAGAUCCCAAACAUGCAGAAAAAUCUCCUAUGAAUGGAAGGGAAGAUGAUUUUGCAGAGUCAGAAGAUGAUUUCGAUAAUCCAUCAUCUGAACCUUUAGUGCGGGUGUUCCAGAACCGCAAUGAUAUGCCUGUUGAAAAUACCAUGAUGAAUCAGUCACCUGCACGUGCUUCAGAAAAGUUAGCUUCAGAGAAUAGUGAGUCUCAAACUGACAGGCCAAACAAUGACAAGAAGGUGCUAGACAUUAGCAUGUAUGGAAGUGAUGAAAGCCCUGUGGCAAGCCCUGUAAAAGAAAUGACAUCUUCCGUUGCUGUUCUUCCUAUGAAUGGGAAAUCAAAAGAGCCUUUUCAUGAUGUUAGAAAUGGUGUAAAGGAUUUGCAUUCAUGCAUGAAAGAAAUUGAAAUCUUAUUUAUUAGGGCAUCUGAUUCUGGAAAAGAAGUACCAAGGAUGCUUGAAGCAGAUAAAGUCAAUUUUCGGCCUUUACUGCCUAAUGAAAAAGCACAUGGAUCAAAAGCAUCAGGCUUUUUUGCGUCAUUCUUUGCUUGCUGUGGCGGGGAGGAAAUUCCUAUUCCUCAGCCUCCUCCUGAGGCUGAAGUGAAGUACCUUACCUGGCACAGAUCAGUUUCUUCGCUUUCCUCAUCAUCUAGAAAUCCUCUUGGGGCGACUUCAAAAGAUGAUGUUGAUGGUCUCACUGGAAAUAUCUUUAGUGGCGUAUACAUGAAUUCUGGCAGUCACGCUUCCACACUAGAUAGAUUAUAUGCAUGGGAGAGAAAGCUUUAUGAUGAAGUUAAGGCUAGCGGUGCAAUUUGCAGGCAAUAUGAUGAAAAAUGUAGGCAAUUGAGACACCAGGAAUCAAAAGAUGAAAGCCAAAUGAGUAUUGAUAGAACCCGUGCUGUUGUGAAGGAUUUGCACUCCAGAAUUAUAGUGGCCAUUCAGAGAAUUGACAUGAUCUCUAAAAACAUUGAGGAUCUAAGGGACAAAGAGCUUCAACCACAGUUGGAGGAAUUAAUUGGGAGUUUAACACGCAUGUGGUCUGCAAUGCUUGAAUGUCACCGACAUCAACAUGAGAUUAUUAAGCUAGUAUCCAGCAGCAAGGUCUUAAUUCGGUCGGAAUCGCAGUGUCAAGCGGCUCUACUCCUCCAGGUUGAGCUAAGCACUUUAUGCUCGAACUUCCAGAAAUGGAUAGCACACCACAGAUCGUACUUGGAUAGCCUAAAUUCGUGGCUACUUAAGUGUGUGAAACCACUGAGGGGCAAGAAGAGCUCCAGGAGGAGGAAGGAAGCCGAUACUCCAAUAACAAAAUAUGCUGUUGCACCCGUGUUUAAAACCUGUGAAAGCUGGAUAAAGUUAUUGGACGAUUUACCAAUGAAGGACUUGGAAGAUGCUAUUAAAGGCCUUGUUGCGGAUAUAAACCACUCCGUGCCUCACCAAGAAAAGCGGCGUGGUGGUUCAAAGUUGACUUCCUCAUUAUCCCGUUCUGGUAGUACAAAGUUGAGCUUCUCAUUAUCCCGGAACAGAGAUUUAAAUGGUGAAAUGGCAGAAAUCCACAGAAAUUCUCAUCCUAUGGAUUUACAGUCAAGUCUGGAGACAUUCCUAGGGAAGCUUGCUCUGUUUUCAGAUGUUUCACUGCAGAAUUAUAUGAAACUCACGGUCGAAAUUGACGAUGCAAAGGUAGAAUAUGAGAACGUGAAGUUAACGAAUACGAGAAAGUGAGUAACUUUCAACGAAGUUAAACCAGUGGCACUAAUUUUCUGGAAGGAAGAAUGGGUUAUAAUAUCUCUAGCCAUUUAGAAGUGGAUAAGUGAAUCACCCAUGUGUAUAUUCGCCUGGUGAAUAAUAGGUAUAAGUUAAUGUGACUUUUUUUUGGUUAACUUUGCAAGAUAAGUCUAGGUGGGAGAG